CUGCCGCUAAGGAAGGCUGUAGUCCCGGGCUUCCGGACCAGAGUUUAGCGGGGUGGGCGGGAAAGGAGGGGAAGGCGUCGCUUCCUUCCCUCCGGCGGCCGAGAAGGCGUGACGCCUCUCCGGUAAGCCCCCCGCCGGCAGCGAGGUGCAGAAGGCGGUGAACACGGCCCGCGGGCUGUACCAGCGCUGGUGCGAGCUCCUGCAAGAGGACGCGGCGGUCGGACGCGAGGAGCUGGACUGGACGACCAAUGAACUGCGGAAUGGCCUGCGCAGCAUCGAGUGGGACCUCGAGGACCUGGAGGAGACCAUCGAUAUCCUGGGGGCCAACCCGGGAAAGUUCAAGCUCCCAGCCGGAGACCUGCAGGAGAGAAAGGUGUUCGUGGAGCGGAUGCGGGAGGCAGUCCAGGAUAUGAAGGACCAUAUGGUCAGCCCGGCAGCCAUAGCCUUUAUGGAGAGGAAUAAGAGAGAGAUGCUGACAGGCAAGCCAGCCUCCCCAAAGUCAUCCAGCGACCUGCUGGACGCCAGCAUGGCCGCAGCCACCUCUCGUUACAUUGAGGAGCAGCAGGCCACACAGCAGCUGAUCAUGGACCAACAGAAUCAACAGCUGGAAAUGGUGUCCGGGAGCAUCCGGGUUCUGAAGCACAUGUCUGGCCGUGUUGGGGAGGAGCUGGAUGAGCAGGGCGUCAUGCUGGAUGCCUUUGCUCACGAGAUGGACCACACCCAGUCCCGGAUGGAUGGGGUCCUCAGGAAGAUGGCCAAAAUCGCCGACAGUGGUGUGCCAUCGUCGUGCUGCUGGGGGUGCUUCUUCUGGUUCUCAUCCUGCUCUUCUCCCUCUGACGCCGGCCCUCCCCAGGGCGCUGGUCCCUCUAGCUGUGGGAGCUGGCAGGGCCCUGCCCCCUGGGAGAAGGGGCUCCUUCCUGGAGAGCUGUCUCGAGGUUCUCAUCCGGAGCCAGUGGGACCCUCGGGGCCCUGGGCCAGAGCCCCUGCCACUGGUCCUGUCUCAAGUGUGCUUAGGAGGUGGCAGAGGUAGGGGAACCUCAGACCCGCCCCUCCCCGUUUCUACUCUGGUGCCCCAAAGCCGUUUGCUCCUGUGCCUUCUGCGCGUGCCAACUUGGAAAUAAAAAUCCCAGCCUUUUUUUUUUUUUUUUUAAAUACACGUCUAUACCUUA